AUGCUUCGCCCAGCUCGCCUCUGCGCCUGCCUGCUGCCUCUGCUGCUGCUCUGGCCAGCGGGAGCGCAGCCGCCGUCUCCCCAGCCGCCGCAGGACGCCGGCGAGCCAGCCCGCCACGGCAGGUUUUUGUGGGACUGGAUUGUUGGAAGGCCACCUUGCCUAGCAAAAUGCCCAAUCCAUGUGUGUGAAAUUGAUCCUGCUGUCGUGCAUGGUUACUGCUGUGGCUGUGCCAGGUUGUUUGAUCGAGUUCCAUUCUCAUGUCCUGGCAGCCUGACUUGUCCACUUGACAAAACACAACUGUGCCGAGACUACGACUUCAUGAUGGACUGUUGCUGCUGAUAUAUACAGGUUGUCUGCAGAAGAGCUGACAUCACUUUUUAAUACCAAGAGUCCACCAAAGUAAAUGGUACAGCUGAUGAACGAUUCUUUUGGUGAUGAACUGUAAACAGCUAUCAUAUUUUGGAGAUAUGUACAAAUUGUAAAUCUCUUCAUAUUUUUGAGGAAAUCAUUAAUCGUACUCACAUUAUAAAUAUAAAACAUUACAAACAUGA